CUCUUCUCCACGACUGAGGAGGUCGCCGCUGCCCGCCGGCCCUCCACGCGGGCCGCCGCUGCGGCAUGGCCGGGAUCAUUAAGAAGCAGAUCCUGAAGCACCUGUCCCGGUUCACUAAGAAUCUUUCCCCGGAUAAAAUCAAUUUAAGCACCCUGAAAGGGGAAGGUCAGCUGACUAACCUGGAGCUGGAUGAAGAGGUUCUGCAGAAUGUGCUGGAGCUGCCCACCUGGCUCGCCAUCACCAGGGUCUACUGCAACAGGGCUUCCAUUCGGAUCCAAUGGACAAAGCUGAAGACACAUCCUAUUUGCUUGUGUCUGGAUAAGGUAGAGGUGGAGAUGAAGACAUGUGAGGAACCUCGACCCCCAAAUGGACAGUCUCCUAUUGCUUUGGCUUCAGGACAGAGCGAGUAUGGCUUUGCUGAGAAGGUAGUGGAGGGGAUGUUCAUCGUCGUCAGUUCUAUCACCAUCAAGAUUCACUCCAAAGCCUUCCAUGCUUCUUUUGAAUUGUGGCAGCUCCAGGGCUACAGUGUCAACCCCAACUGGCAGCAGAGUGACCUUCGCUUUACCCGCAUCACUGACCCCCGCCGAGGAGAGGUUUUAACAUUUAAGGAAAUCACUUGGCAAACUCUUCGGAUUGAGGCAGAUGCCACAGACAACGGUGAUCAGGACCCAGUCACCACUCCACUGAGGCUUAUUACCAACCAGGGAAGGAUCCAAAUAGCUCUCAAAAGAAGAACCAAAGAUUGCAACGUGAUAGCCUCCAAGCUGAUGUUCCUGUUGGAUGACCUGCUCUGGGUGCUAACUGACUCACAGCUCAAGGCUAUGAUGAAGUAUGCAGAGUCGCUGAGUGAGGCGAUGGAGAAGUCAGCCCAGCAGAGAAAGAGCUUGGCCCCUGAACCUGUGCAGAUAACUCCACCUGCUCCCAGCGCCCAGCAGUCCUGGGCCCAGGCAUUUGGUGGUAGCCAGGGCAGCAGCAACAGCAGCAGUAACCGCCUCAGCCAGUAUUUUGAGAAAUUUGAUGUGAAAGAGUCUUCCUACCACCUGCUCAUCUCCCGCCUUGACCUGCACAUUUGUGAUGAUAGCCAGUCCCGAGAGCCAGGUAUCUCUGCAAACAGACUCAUGGGUGGUGCCAUGCAGCUUACCUUCCGCAAGAUGGCGUUUGACUAUUAUCCUUUCCACUGGGCAGGUGAUAGCUGCAAGCAUUGGGUGCGACACUGUGAGGCCAUGGAGACCCGAGGCCAGUGGGCCCAGAAGCUGGUGAUGGAAUUUCAGAGUAAAAUGGAGAAGUGGCAUGAGGAAACGGGUCUAAAACCUCCCUGGCAUCUGGGUGUAGACUCUCCUUUCCGGAGGAAAGCAGAUUCUCUUUCUAGUCCUCGAAAGAACCCCCUUGAGAAGGCCCCCUCUCAGGGCCAACAGGCUGCCUUUCGGCCUCCAGCUUGGAAUCGCUUACGUUCUAGCUGCAUGGUGAUACGCGUGGAUGACUUGGACAUCCACCAGGUUUCAACAGCUGGACAGCCAAGUAAGAAACCGUCUACACUCCUUUCCUGCAGUCGGAAACUUCACAAUCUACCUACUCAGGCCUCUGCUAUUCACAUUGAGUUCACAGAGUAUUACUUCCCAGAUAAUCAGGAGCUUCCAGUUCCCUGUCCCAAUCUCUAUAUUCAGUUAAAUGGUCUGGCAUUUACUGUGGAUCCCAUCAGUUUACUCUGGGGAAACCUCUUCUGCCUGGAUUUAUACCGCAGCUUGGAACAGUUCAAAGCUAUCUACAAGCUGGAAGAUUCACGCCAGAAAGAUGAACACUUGGAUAUCCUACUGGAUGCCUUCUGGCUAAAGGUGAGCUUCCCACUGGAGAAGAGAGAACAGGCCGGGUUGCAUCGGCCCCAGGCCCUUGUCUUUUCUGCGUCAGGCAUGACAGCCACCAAUACACGUCAUGCACCACACUGUAGCUGUUCAGACCUCCAAGGUGUCUUCCGGGGUUUUGCUGCUGCUGAAUUCUUUCAUUCCAAUUACAUUCACUUUCCCAAGGUUCCAGGUAGCUUCAGCCUUCUGCACAUGCUUUUUUUGCAUCAUGCCUUCCAGAUGGAUUCCCGUCUCCCUCAACCUAGUAAUCUCCCUCCCCAGAGGCCUAAGGCUUCCCAAGAUCUCUGGUCCAUUCAUUUCACCCAGAUCUCCUUGGACUUUGAGGGAACAGAGAACUUCAAAGGUCAUGCCUUGAGUUUUGUGUCUCCAUUCCCCUUGUCCAUUUGGGCCUGUCUGCCCCUCCGCUGGCAGCAAGCCCAGGCACGGAAGCUCCUUUUGGCUGCAGAAGGAAAAUUGAAACCAUCAGCCAGCUUUGGUAGUCCUGUCCACUCUGAGGCCUUUGCGUCUGACCCUGUGUCCCAUCAGAGGUCAAAGACUGAGCACGAUUUGAAAAGCCUAUCAGGCCUUACAAAAGCUAUGGAAAUUCUGGAAGAAGGCAGCAGUGGUGUGGACAACAAAGGACCUCUGGCAGAGCUGGAGGAUGCUGCAGAUGUUCACAUGCUGAUACACUCCCCUGCACAUGUCCGCGUGAGGCUUGACCACUACCAGUAUUUAGCUCUGCUCCGCCUGAAGGAGGUGCUGCAGGGUCUUCAGGAGCAGUUGACUAAGGAUACGGAGGCGAUAACUGGGUCUGCCCUGCAAGGCCAGACAGUUUGCAUUGGAAUCCUCUUCCCCAGUGCUGAGGUGGCUCUGCUUAUGAAUCCUACUCCAGGGUCUGUUGAAGCUGAUUCUGCAGGUUCAGAUACCACCAGCAUCAUUGAUUCAGAACUGUCUCCUUCAGAGGAUCGGGAGCUGAAGUCUGAUGCAUCUUCAGACCAGGACCCAACAAGCCCUGAAAAGGUUCUGGAGGAUAGUGGCAUUGAAAAUCUGGAUGGAGCUCAAGAUAGGCCACUGCCUCUUCAUGGCAAUGGAGAACUGCAGGACUCAUAUUCUCGUGCACAGCAGUUGGUAGGGAAGGGCCAUGAGGCAGUUGAUUCCCGGCAGGCCAAGAGACUGAGCAGAGCCCAAACAUCUAGCUCACCAGCUGCCUUGAAGCCCCCAGGUGCCAGGGAUAUUGCUAUGAAUGGACAGGGUGAGCUCAUCCCCUUGAAGAACAUUGAGGGAGAAUUGUCAAGUGCUAUUCACCUGACUAAGGAUGCCACCAAGGAGGCUCUCCAUGCCACCAUGGACCUCACCAAGGAAGCUGUGUCCCUGACUAAGGAUGCCUUUAGUUUGGGCAGAGACCGAAUGACCUCCACCAUGCACAAGAUGUUGUCCCUUCCCCCAGCCAAGGACCCUGUGGCCAAGAUAGAUGAGGGGGUGCCGGCUCCAGUGAGUGGGGGUGCUGCCCGACUCCGAUUUUUCUCCAUGAAAAGGACAGUAUCUCAGCAGUCAUUUGAUGGUGUCUCAUUGGAUAACAGUGGCCCUGAAGAUCGGAUUUCAGUGGACAGUGAUGGCAGUGACAGCUUUGUGAUGCUGUUGGAGUCUGAACCUGGUCCAGACUCACUCCCUCCAGGAUCUCUUCCAGUCUUAGACAAUGCUGGUGUUCAAGGGAGCCCUGUUUUGGAAGGCUAUGGCCAGGGGUCACCUGAGGCCAACAGUUCAGCCUCACCCAGUGGAGAGGAUCUCAAUCCUCACCUGGUCUCAGUUCUGCUCCUGAAAGUGAAUGAGAUAUCUUUGGGAAUUGAGGUACGAGGCGAUGAUUUGACUGUGGCCCUGCAAGCAGAGGAGCUGACCCUCCAGCAGCUGGGCACCGUGGGACUUUGGCAGUUCCUGCAUGGGCAGUGCCCGGGUCCAAACUUUGAGGAAUCCUCAGGUUUGAAGACUGGUCGCCUCCAGCCAGCUAUGGGCCUUCGUUUUGAGGUGGGGCCUGGUGCAGCUGUUCAUUCCCCACUGGCCCCACAGAAUGGCUUCCUGCAUUUCUUACUUCGUGACUGUGACCUUGAGCUGUUCACUUCGGUGCUCAAUGGCCUGGGACCCUUCUUGGAGGAUGAGGAGAUCCCGGUGGUAGUUCCCAUGAAGAUUGAGCUCCUGAACUCCAGGAUCACCUUAAAAGAUGAUAUCCCUCCCAUCUACCCAACAUCCCCAGGGCCUAUUCCCAUCACGCUGGCCAUGGAGCAUGUUGUGAUGAAACGGAGUGAUGAUGGUGUGUUCCACAUAGGCGCUGCUGCUCAGGACAGACCAUCAGCUGAAGAACCCAAAAAUGAGAAGAGGCAGCCCCCCAAAGAACAGGUGUUUCUCGUGCCCACAGGGGAGGCUUUUGGACAGCAGGUGAAAGAACUGCCUACCCUACAAAAGGAGCUUAUAGAAACUAAACAAGCAUUGGCCAGUGCCAACCAGGACAAAGAAAGACUUCUUCAGGAGAUUAGGAAAUAUAACCCCCUCUUUGAGCUCUGGUAGCAGUGACUGAGCCAUCUGUGCCAAGAACAGAGGAGAUCACCAGCAAUAGCACCACCUAGGGCAGAAGCACUGUCCAGUGUUGAAUAAGUCUGCUAAGAAUGCCAGAAGGGCCGGGGGAGUGCUCCACUCUCUCCUGGUGGUGUCCUUUCAACUAGUUGUUCUCACUUGGAUGGAAGAUCAGCAAAGCGUGACUACUUCCCAGGAAUUUGGGGGCAGCUUUGUGCGUGGCUCAAGCAUCAUGUCUUGCCUGUAUAAAACCUUUUGGCCCUCUGACUAGGCGGCGUCUUCUUAAUACUAGGGUCAUUUCACUUUCUGGUUUCAUGGCAGAGACAUUUGCUUCUUCCACAACCUGUGUGAGCAGGGAAAAUCCUCACCUACUCAGUCACUCAGAGCCACCAAAGAUUCUAUGUCCCAGAGCUUCCUGUAGUAGAGCUGAGAAGUCCUUGGUCUGAGCUGUGGCCACGGUAGUGGAAUGGAAUAAGAAUGGCAAGGCAAAGCCAGGAGAGCCACAAGAAGGGAGACCUUGAUUCUGCCUUUUUGAAAAAGGGAACCAAGCCCAUGUCAUCAUGAUUAAAGUUACAGAUAUAUUUUUCAGGGUUAAGAUUCCUGUUAGAUACUUUCUUCAUUGUGAUGCUGGGUAGAAAGUAAACAGUAGGAGUAACUCAGUUGCAUCAUCUUUCCUUUCAAUGACACCAUUUACUUGAGAUUUAAUCUAGGAAAAAGAUUUUACUCUGGGAGGUGUGAUGUUGGAGGGAUCAGUAGAGCCCCUGUUGCCCACCUGGAGUCCUCUCUCUUCCACAGCCGUUACUUAACUGUUAGUAAGCGACAGGCUGUUUCCCUGGGGUCCCUGGGAGUGGUUCUCCAGCACUACAACUUUCCUCCGGAUUCUCCUCAGCAUUUGGUGGUUUGGAAGCUAAAGAUAUUUAACAUAAACAUCUCAACUGAUUUGUUCUCACCUCCCUCUAUCACUGUGACUUUUAAAAAUUAUGUAGUAUUGACUUAAGGAAAAACCAACCAAUCCAUUAUGUUACCUAGGUUUUGCACCUACCUUAUGAAAGAACUAUUUCUCUCCUUUCUCUUUCCUGCCCAAUACUCCCCUAACACUGUACAUCCAUAUAGCUCUGUGGUACACGUAAGCUGUGUAGAUUGGACAAAAAUUUAUUAGCUAACUCAUCUUGGAUUGGCAAGAUGGUAAAAUAGUCAUUUAGUAGUGUCACUAAAAUCUUAGAUCAUAUUUGACUUAUUAAAGGAAAGGUAAAAUGGUUUCCUUAUGUGAAGUCACACCCAAGGCAUAUCAUCUAGUGUUUUUUUUUUCUUUCCUUGAAGUUAUAGAGAAGCAAAUAUUCAAGAAACAAGAUCUAAUUUGUUCAGGCUCUUAUCAAGUUUCUCCACUGAGGAAAUUUUAAAAGUACCAGUUACCGAGAGAUUAUGGGAAUAUUUUGUCACACUUAGGAGGCAAUUUAGGAAUAAACAUCUUUCUGGUAAGAAUAUUAACAUAGUUCCUACAAGUAUAUGUUUGGUUGAACCAUAUUUAAAAUUUUUUAUAAAUAACCUGAAAGUAGGAUAUUACAGUGCCAUUAAAUGAAACUUCCAGGGAAGAAAAGGUAAACUGGAAGAGAUUAAAAAAAAAAAAAAAAAA